AUGGCCUCGGCAGGUGGCGCUACUGUCGCCUUCUCAAUGGCGACGUAUUAUAGUACCGUCACUUUGCGCCCGCCGCAACCAACCGAAGCGCAAGAAUUCGACUCCAAAGCUCAUCAUGUUAAAAAUCGUCAUGGAGAGACUGUUAAAUUUCGGAACCCGCAUCCUUCAUUCUCUUUCCCUGGCCAACUACAAAUACUGGAGAUGACAGUAAAAGCGCUUACUGGUACAUUAAAUUGGCCGAAGCCGAGCACUGAAGAUAAACUUGUACAAGUGAUAAAACCAGAAUUUCUACCAACGCGCACGUCUUCUUCAAAGCUCCGCGCCACUUGGCUGGGCCACUCUUGCUACUACGUAGAGUACCCGUCAGGGUUGCGCGUACUGUUUGACCCUGUCUUCGAAGACUGCUGUACACCUGUCUACCUUUCUAGGUUUAAGAGGUAUACAGAACCACCAUGCAGCAUCGCCGACUUACCAUUCGUCGACGCCGUUGUUAUUAGCCAUAGUCACUACGACCACUUAUCAUAUCCGUCUGCCAAGGAAAUCCAGCAACAUCAUCCCAAUGCGCACUUUUUCGUCGGGCUAGGAUUGGAGAAAUGGUUCAAGGCGGGCGGAUUCAAUAACGUGACGGAGUUGGAUUGGUGGCAGGAGGCAGAAAUAACAUUAACGCCGCAAUCUGGGAAGGGUGAGGCAGAGACGAAGAGCGCGAGUGGUUCGGACCUUCCAGAGCCAAUUAGUGCGAAGAUAUCUUGUCUUCCCUGUCAACACGCCUCCGGUAGAGGCAUCCUGGAUCAAAACAGCACGCUAUGGGCAUCAUGGGCCGUUACCUCAGGCGAACCAGCCAAAUCCGUCUGGUUCGGCGGCGACACCGGCUACCGCGCCGUGCCAAAGGUACCCGAAGGCACAGAUGACUACGGCCCAGAGUAUCAACACCUACCCAUAUGCCCUCAGUUCCGACAGAUCGGCUCGAAAUUCGGCUCGUUCGACCUCGGCCUCAUCCCCAUCGGCGCGUACCACCCACGACAUCUGUUCUCGGGCGUGCACGCCAACCCAUACGACGCGGUGGAAAUCUUCACCGAUACUAAGUGCAAGCGAGCGAUGGCGGUCCAUUGGGGCACUUGGGUGCUGACGGCCGAGCCGGUGCUGGAGCCCCCGCAGUUGUUGAAGGAGGCGUUGAAGCGGAAGGGGUUGGCGGAGACGGGGGUCUUUGAUACGUGUAGUAUUGGUGAGAGCCGCGAGUUUUGA